GAACGAUAGACCCCACCCACGCGAACGUUAAGCAUCUUUCUCCCCUCUCUCUUCUCUUCUCUUCUCUUCUCUUCCUCCUUCCCUCUCUCCCUCUCACCGCCGAUCCAUGGAGGAUCCGGAAACCGCCCCCGACCCGCCGAUAGCGAUGACGUCGGCGGAGGAGGAUGAGCUCCUCGGGAGACCGGCAGAGCCGCCGGAGGAGAACCGGACCCUCUCCGCCCCGCGGCCGAGGCUCUCUCAAUUCCGCCUUCACAACUUCUCCUUCCCGACCCGCAGCUGGGGAUGCCACAAGGUCCUCCGGUGCAUGAACAAAAUCAAGGACAGCGUUGCCGGCGAGGUCGCCGGAUCGGCGGCCCCGGCGGCGGCACAGCACGACCCCGGGGCUGGCCUGGAGCGCCCGGGAUCCUCCUCAUCCCGGGAGAAACCCCAGCCCCCCAGGGCUUCUCCAGGAGGGAGGGCCUCUAAGGAGGUCAAUGGAAGAGCACCGGAGGACGGGGAGGGAGCGGAGUCCUCCUUUUCUGCUGCUGCUGCGGCUGCGGCGGCGGCAGCCGCGGCGGCGAUGAGGCCGUGGAAUCUGAGGACGAGAAGGGCUGCCUGCAAUGCUCCGGCGGAGAACGGGUGUUGCCGGAACCCCAAUUCGUCUGCCGAGUCGCCGUCUCCGCUGCCUGCCGAGAAGAGCAAGCCGUUGGCCAAGUCGGUUAGACUGAGAUCGGAUGGUGCGGGGAAGGGGAAGCGGCCCAAGUUCUCGAUCUCGCUGUCUCGCGAGGAGAUUGAAGAGGACUUGAUGUUGUUCAAGAAGACGAUGCCCCCUUGGAGGCCUAAGAAGAGGCCCAAGAUCGUUCAGAAUCAGCUGGAUUUGAUUUUCCCUGGUUUGUGGCUAUCCGAGAUAACUCCGAAGUCAUACAAAAUUGAUGAAAGGAAGAGGAGAUGAACAAAGUAAGGGGUUUUCCGUGAAGAAAGCUUCCGGGGUUUUUAAAUUGCUGACCAUUACUUUAGUCCGGUGACCAUGGUUAGUGCGAUUUUGUAGCAGAUCAUAUUGAUUUGUAAAUUGAAAGUCUAAACAAAAUUGUUUAAAGUUGGCAUUUUGAUCUGCUAGGGCGGCUUGUUUCUUUACAUUGUUGUCAAAUUUAAACUUCUUUUUUAGUUCUGUUUUAAAUUUUCUUAAAAUAAUUGCUCAAAGUGGGCAUGCCAAGGUGCUUUGGUUUGAAUUUUUAAAUGUUAUCUUAUAAAAUCUUUUGCAAAAAUAAAUACUCUGGUAUUUGA